AUGAGCUUCGAAGAUACGGAUCGUCGCGGCCGCCCUUCUGAGGUUGACGACCAGCUGGUGAAGACAGUCAUCGCAGAUGAUCCACCUAAAAAACACGAGAGGAAGCAUUCUGCUCAAUGGAUGGACAAGGAUGAAGCUCCCGAGCACUUCCUAAAGCCGAAAACGCCCGAAGAAGACUACUUUGACAAGUGUUCUACAGAUAUGGGAGCCCAAUACGACAAAGGCGCACCAGGAAUGCCGUCUCUUAUGCCACAUCCUCCUCCACCUCCGCUUCCGCUACCUUUGCUUCCACCUUUUCUACCACCUCCACCUCCUCUACCACCUCCACCUCCACCUCUGGGAGUGUCUGCAGCGCGGGGACCUGGAGAACCUCCGCAUCCGAACGUAGGAGCGGCGCCGGCAUACGAAAACUUUGGCCCUACCUCUGGUAUGCCGGAACCUCCUCCUCCUCCCAUGCUGUUUACCAGUUCCACGGAGCGGGGAUCUGUUAAAGAGCUUGAAAAAGUUAAUGCCAAAUCGAAACCAAAGAUGCCAAAAAAGACGAAACAUCGGAACGCGCCUUGCCACCACGUAUUCUUCACCGCUGUGGGACUUUGGUUUUUCAUUCUAGUAUGGACAUUUUUCCUAUACGCUCAUGCUGCGGAGAUGAUAAACUUGGUGCCGGUGUUCGGCUUCAUGGCUCCGCCUGCUCUAAAUUCCUUGCGAGGGUCCGAAUAG